AUUAACGACAGGCUGGGGAGAGAAGCCUGCUGCGGCUGUUUUCAGGAACCUUCCUCCAAGAGGAGAGCAGAGACGGGGAGGCCAGGCAGGUGCCUGGCCGGUGGCCUCCAGCAUGGAGAAACUGAGGCUCCCAAAAGUGAAGUGAUUUGUCCCAGGUCACCAAGCUGGUGAGCACCAACUUGGCACUAUGGCAGGGCUGGGGACCUGGAGCCUGACGAGAGCUGCCCUCAUCAUCCUACUGCUCCCCAGAAGCCUGGAGGAAUGUGGGCGCAUCACCCUAUCAGCCCCCGUCAUCUGCCUGGGGGACCCCAUCACAGCCUCCUGCAUCAUCAGCCACAACUGCAUCGAAGUGGGCCCAGAGCCACAGAUUGUAUGGAAAUUAGGGACAGAGCUUCAACCCGGUGGGCACCAGCGCUCUCUGCCAGAUGGGACCAAAGAAUCCAACAUCACCUUGCCCCACCUCAACCACUCCCGGGCCCUUCUCUCCUGCUACCUGAGAUGGGGCAACAACAGCCUACAGAUCUUGGACCAGGCUGAGCUGCAGGCAGGUUACCCCCCUGCCGCACCCUACAACCUGUCCUGCCUCAUGAACCUCACAAUUAACAGCCUUACCUGCCAGUGGGAGCCAGGACCCAACACCCACCUGUCCACCAACUUCACCUUAAAGAGCUUCAGGAGCCGGAGCAACUGCCAGACCCAGGAGGACUCCAUCCCGGACUGCGUGCCUGAGGAGGGGCAGGACCACUGCUCCAUCCCACGGAAACACCUGCAGCUCUACCAGAAGAUGGUCAUCUGGGUGCAGGCAAAGAACGCGCUGGGAACCAGCAAGUCCCCACAGUUGUGCCUUAUCCCCAGUGAUGUCGUGAAACUGGAACCCCCCACACUGUGGGGCCUGGACCCCAGUCCUGAGGUGACCCCACCCCAGCCAGGUUGCCUGAAGCUGCGCUGGGAGUCAUGGAAACCAAGCAUGUACAUUGACCAGAAGUGUGAGCUGCGCCACCAGCCCCAGCUUGGGGAAGCCAGCUGGGCCCUGGUGAGCCCCCUGCCCGCCAGGACCUUCCAGCAUGAGCUCUGCGGGCUCCUCCCAUACACAGCCUACACCCUGCAGAUGCGCUGCAUCCGCUGGCCCCUGCCUGGCGACUGGAGCGACUGGAGCCCCAGCCUGGAGCUGACAACUGCACAACAGGCCCCCAUGGUCAGACUGGACACCUGGUGGAGGCAGAGGCAGCUGGACCCCAAGACAGUGAAUGUGCAGCUGUUCUGGAAGCCAGUGCCCCUGGAGGAAGACAGCAAGCAGAUCCAAGGGUACCUGGUCUCCUGGAGAGCCAAAGACCAGGCUGGGGCAGCCCCACCCCUCUGCAACACCACGGAGCUAAACUGCACCUUCCACUUGCCUUCAGAAGUCCAGGAGGUGGUGCUUGUGGCCUAUAACACAGGCGGGACCUCCCAGCCCACCCUGGUGGCCUUCUUGGAGAGCAGAGGCCCACCCGUGGCCAAACUCCACACCAUGGCCCGAGAUGCUCACAGCCUCUGGGUGGGCUGGGAGCCCCCCAGUCCUCAGCCUCAGGGCUAUGUGAUCGAGUGGGGACCAGGUCCCCCCAGCCCCAGUGACAGCAGUAAGAUCUGGAGGAUGGAGCAUAACAGGAGCAUCGUAGGAACCCUGCUGCAGGAGAACAUCAGGCCCUUUCAGCUCUACGAGAUCACUGUGACGCCCCUGUACCCGGACUCCAGGGGACCCUCCCAGCACACCUACGCCUACUCCCAGGAGAUGGCCCCCUCCCACGCCCCGGAGCUGCAUCUGAAGCACAUUGGUAAGACCUGCGCUUGGCUGGAGUGGGUGCCCCAGGCUGCUGAGCUGGGGAGGAGGCCCCUUACCCACUACACCAUCUUCUGGACCAACGCUCAGAACCAGUCCUUCUCCACUGUCCUGAACGCCUCCUCCCAUAACUAUGUCCUCUGUGGCCUGGAGCCGAGAAGCUUGUACCACGUCCACCUCAUGGCCACCAGCCAGGCUUGGGCCAUCAACAGUACAAGCCUCACGCUGAUGACCUCCACCUUCGAUGAGUCUGAACUGCACAUCUUCCUGGGCCUCUCCAGCCUCCUGCUCUUGUUCUUCUGCCUUUGCGUGGCAGCCUGGCUCUACUGCAGACCCACCAGGAAGAAUCCCCUCUGGCCAACUGUCCCUGACCCAGCCCACAGCAGCCUGGGGUCCUGGGUGCCCACCAUCAUGUCAGAGGAGAUUUUCCAGCUGCCCAGCCUUCAGGACCCUGGCAUGCAACCCAUCACCAAGAUCACAGUGCUGAAAGAGGAAGAGAAGAAGCCAGGGCCCUGGGAAUCCAAUGACAGCUCAGAGACCUGUGGCCUCCCCACCCUGGCCCAAGCCUAUGUGCUCCAAGGGGACCCAAGAGCACCUUGUACCCAGCCUCAGCCUGAAUCUGGUACCAGUGACCAUGUCCUAUAUGGGCAGGUGCUGGGCAGUCCCACUGGCCCAGGGCCAGGGCAUUACCUCCGCUGCGACUCCACUCAGCCUCUCUUAGGGGGCCUCACUCCCAGCCCCAAGUCUUACGAGAACCUCUGGUUCCACACCAGUCCCUUAGGCACCCCAGAGCCCCUAGUCCCAAACCAGGAAGACGACUGUGUCUUUGGACCACUGCUGGACUUCCCCCUCUUGCAGGGGCUCCAGGUACAUGGAGUGGAGGGGCUGGAGGGCUUUUAGAGCUUCCCUUCCACCUAGGCCUACCUCUUGAAAGGAAAGAGUAGGCAUGCCCACCACUAUAAAAACCACCCAGCCCCAGAAUAGGCAUAAAGACUCUCAGUCUCCUCAAUCCCUGGUCCCAGUAUCCCUACCCUAUCACCCCAAUCUCCAUGAGCUGGGCAUCCCACUUUAAAGGUCAGAGAACAGGGGCCUCCCUGGUGGUAUAAUGGGUUAAACACCGCACUAU